GAUUAAUUAACCCAAGGGGUAUAAGUGUAUAUUGGGAACAAAAAUGAAACCUAUUUUUACCUCUUUAAUGAAACCUAUUUUUGUGACUUUGAGCCUUGAGUGCUACUUUGGGAACAAAAACUUGGUUUGGUGCUAUCCUAGUCUUUUUCUCUUUUACAAAUCAUCUCUCAGUUUCAUUGCUUUGUAUGUAGUUUGUUAGUCUAUCCUCCUGUUUAGGUAAAGAAAUCUAGAAUUUUAGGGUUAAAUAAGUAGUUGAAAUAUUUGGUUUCUAUAGUUUUAUUAGUCAUCUAACUUACUCUUUUCAUGAAAAUGUUAUAGAUGUUGUUGGUCACAUGAAGCUGGUCGAUGGACAGACUCUUCUUGCGCGUCCCAGCCUUGACGAUGUGAAGAUCGCUACCGCUCGACACAUUAUGAUUCAUGUGCAGUCACAUGAUGGACCUGUGAUGAAGCUCUACCUUUGGGACCAUGCUGCAACAGACUUCUGCAAGAAAUUCAACUCCUGUAAAAGCAUUCCCACAGUGCUUUUGGUCACAACUGUUAACACCAAACGUCUCGGAGGUACUCUUGCCCUGACCUCUAUGUCUUCCACACGGGUUUUCAUGGACUAUGAUGUCCAACCAACCAGGGAUUAUUUCUCCUGGCUGAGCUCCAACCCAGAGAUUGCUAAUCAGGUUAGAGCAGACGUCAUCACUAAGCGUGAGACACUGACUAUAGCAGAUAUAUUCUCAUACAUGACUCAAGAAUCUGCAAAGGAUGCCUUUUUUGAGUGCACGGCUACGAUUGAUGAUGUUGUGCAUGGCUCUUCUUGGUACUAUAUUGCAUGCAGUGAGUGCCAUUCUAAGGCUACCAAGGGCCCAUCUUCGUUGAUUUGUACAAACAAAAGAUGUGGGAAGGUUAACACAGCUGGCGUUCCACAGUAUGUUUUCUCUCCCUAAUAUUGAAUUACGCUUUCACUGGUAUUAGUUUUUGGUUAUUACAUUCGUGACGUUAUUUUCUGAUUCUUACACAACAGGUACUGUGCAAAGAUUUCGGUUUAUGACAAGAGCGAACAAGCUUUUUUUGUCCUCCUUGGAGAUGCUGGGCUGAGUUGACUGGGAGGCAUGCAUCCGAGUUGGUUAACAGCUACUUUGAGGCUAAUAAAAGCGAAGGAUCUGACCAUGUGGUGCCUGUCCCGGAAGCUCUAAUCAGCACCAUCGGACAGACACAUAAGUUCUGUGUGAAAGUUACAUACCACAACUUCUCAGGCAAUACCCGAGCCAUAACUGUCACCAAGAUCCUCCCUCUAGACACACCACCACCCAUGGAAGCCUGAGUUGGAAAUGCCAUUGCUGCAACCUCCGAGGAAGCAAUGCAGUCUGGAAGCGACGUCUGUGAACAUCCCAAAAGCCGUGGAGAUUCUCUGGAUGAGGAGAGCAAGAGGACGUGUACCAGGGCUGAUCCAGAGACAGCUAAACGCCCAAGAUGUGAGAAUUGGAGCUUGGGUUCAUUGGUGUUUGAGUGUUUGCUUUCCAGUUCAAGGAUUGGUUUUUUUUGUUUAAAUUUGCUGCAGUUUAAGUACUUUUGGGGUUUUUUAAAGACAAUGCAUUGUCUGUUUUCUAUUUAAGACUUUGUUUCCAAAGCAAUGAAAGCUUACAGGUCUUUGACGCAAAAUUUUGCUUUGUAGCGGGUUCUUGAUUUAGAGCAGCAAUGCUGUUGGAUAGACUACGGUAAACAAUCUGUGUAACAGCCGUAUUGUUGAAGUCAUUUGUGCCCUCAAACUGCCAUAACCAACAUAACAAACCAACCAAAGAACUUUAGGAAAUUUGCCAAAUAAACACCAAUCUGACAUUUAGGAAAUCAAAUAAACACGUUUAAGAACUUUAGGAAACUUGAUUCAUUCACGGGUAACUUUAGGAAAUUUGCCAGAUUUAUGUGUAUCAAAUAUUCUUUUGCUUAGAAGCAAAAAACCCACUCACCCUAGCUAAUCUUCAACGCCUCUCACAUUCCAACAAUUCUGGUUGGCCAGACUCCAAUUCUCACCCACUUUGAAAAGGUAUUGUCACACUAUUAUUUGGCCACGCUCAUUUUAGUUAGUAUUGUGUAGAUUGGUUUGGCCAUAGUGUAUUUCUUUUGAUUGAAUUUUAUUAUAUUCUGGUCUGUUUAUAUGUGCCUUUGAUCCCAUUUUUUAUUCAAGUUUGCUUUGUUUUUAUAAUAUGAAGCCUUAAGCUUUUUCUGUUUUGGUCAUCCAUUACUCAUUAUAUGUUUCACUAGAGUGUAAAAAUUUUGAUGAAAGCUUAUCAUAUUUUGCUCUGUUUUAGUGGGCAAGAUUAUGUUAUUUCAUUCCACUGUUCAUUUUUUAAUAAACUUGAAGACUUGAUUUUUAUCGGUGUUUGGUCCAUUUACGUACAAAUCUCUUUUUAUUUUUUCUAUGGCUUUUCCUUCUUGAAUCAAAAUGUGAAAGGCAUAUACCUAACUGAUAAUAGGUUGGUUGAAAGGAAUGCUGUUUCAACGGAAUGGAUAACCCACCCAACGAUCGACCCAUAGAAACUGCAGGUAAAUAUAUAAUCUCUUGCCUCUUUUUUUCAGGGAAAAAAAUAUCAAGGAUCGAGUAAUUUUUUUUUUGUUUUUUUUGUGGAGUUUAAGUUUUUUUUUUUGUCAAGGAAUUGGAAUAUCCAAUCCAAUCAAACCAUUAUUUAGUUUCUAUUAGCGGAUUCUGCAAAAAAUAAAAAUAAAAAUAUAAAUAUGAAAAAAUUUAAUAUCACAAAACCUAAAAGAUGAAUAUAAUUAAAAUAUAUUUCAAAAAUGGCCCAGAUAAAUGAAACAUAAAUGCCAAAAUUUAAUAGCAAACAUGCAAUGAAACUGAAGGUUUAAUAAACUAAUUUCUAUUGUAAACACAUAUUUGUGAUAGUAAUUAUAUGGGAUGAAAGUAAUAUAUUUUACUAAUUUAUGUUCACUGCUUACUUAAUUCCAGGCUCUCCAACUCAGGAAACAACAACACAUCUACACCAUUUUCUUCAAAAAGUUUCACCAUCUUAUUUAUGAUUUCCGCUUCUUUGUUUUAAAACUUUUACAUCUCCUCUUAAUAACGAUAAUGACUUUCUUCUGAUUUUAAACAUGGUUUAUACCAAAUUUUAUUUUCCAAACAGAUCUACUAUACUCUAGACAACCUAAAAGCUUUUCAAAUCAAAUUAUUUAAACCCAUUUUCCGUGCGUAGCGCGGACAACGAAUCUAGUUAUUAUAAAGAACACUUUUCUCUCCUUCUCCUUUUGCCACGUCAAAACAUAAAAGAAGGAAGAGUCAAUACGUGUCCCGGUCUUACACGAGUUUUUGUUGUGUUUGAGUGGGGGACAAAGCCCAAUCUCAGCCCAAACUUUAAACAUUUAGGAACCCACUAACACCUUCUCCCUCUUCUAGCAUCGUUUUCUUCUCGGUGCCUUAUCUUUCACGAUCGGUUGCCUAACCUAUGUAUAACGCUUUUGUUCUUCAUUGAAUCCACUUCAUAGCAUCUCUCCAUUACCUCCUUCCUUUCAACUCUGCCACUAAGUCAACUUUAAUGACCCUUUUCUCAACCUUAUCUCAAAUCCCUUAUUCUUGAGACUAUAAAUAGAGAUGGAGACCUCACCAAAUCUCACAGCUUCACGAGGUCAAUCAUAUUUCUGCCUUACAAACAUAGUCUGUCAUUGUCUUUUUCAUUGGCUCAAUCGGUUCAUGGUUUCCACGCCAUGAUGAAAUCAAGAGUUUGGCUUGAGAAGAAAAUAAAUCCUAAUCGGUCGUUGUCUUUUUCAUUGUCUCAAUAGGUUCAUGAUUUCUCCGAUAUGAUUAGUAAGGAAUAUCGCCGGGCAGAUGCUUACACGGAGGACAUAUUUCACUCCUCCACCGUGUAAGCAGAACCAUCUAUGCUUUCUCCGGUCGGCUUCUUCCAUAAUAUGAAGCAUAUUAGUGACUGCGGGAGAGAAACAAAGCAGAAGGGUGAUCAGUAAUACACAGAAGAGCAACACCACCGUUGAAGAUCUGAAGAAAAUAUCCAUAGCCGCAGCUUCAGCCAUUAAUGGCUGCAGAAGGAAAUAACUUGGUGGCAUAGGAGGGAGGACAUCACUUGGGGGUUGUGGUGAUCGGGGUUGGUUUGUGUAACGGGCGCCUGCACUUUGUCAAGUUCUCCAACGAGCAGCUUUAGUUUAUCAACAGCACAAGAAAAGGUCAUGUUGGUGCUCAUAUCAAACGUGUCAUUGAAAUCUUAUUUGAGACAAGGCAAGCCUUUACACCAUAGCAAAUAAACGAAAGUUGUUAUGUUAUUAUGAUUGCCAAGGUGUAUUAUGAUGGGAGGGGACUCAAUACAACAUGAUGUUGAUCCUGAUAUAGACAGACCGAUUAUGCUUCAUCCGUUUGCAACUACUGUUACCAAUACUGAUCAAGACCUCUCUCAGAAAAAUAUGUACCCAAAGCAAGGUGAGUAUGAAGCUAUACAAAAAAAGCUUGAAGCUUUAAAAAAUGUAAGCUUUUUUCUUCCGUAAGUAGUCAAUAAGUUCGGUUCAAGAUGUUGGGUCGAUGUUUUAUUUUCUUGAACCGAAAAAGCUUGGCAAAGGGGUAUGAUUUUUACAUGAGGAGAAGCUGAACGAUCUGGAGAUUGACAGUCAAAAUGCCAGAUAUAUUUAGAGGCUAUAUAGCUUAUGCACUCAAGAAGGCACGCAAACGUAGCUGCUCAAGUUGGAUAAGGAAGACCCUUUCUCUCAAGCUUUUUGGUUUAAAUCUUCCAUUUUUCAAACUUCAAUCAAUAAAAGCAUAUUUCAACUUAUUCCCCAGUGUUGAUAGAAUGUCAUAUGUGUUUGUGGUUAUGAUCCAAUUAAGAAUAGCUUUUGCUGAACAAACGUUAGCUGGUUAAAUAAAUAAUAUAUACUGCAAUAUUAUGAACUCAUCUACCCCUACUCAAAUUAGUAAAAAAAUUCCACUACAUAACCCACUCCUGGUGUGUUGGCUCUUGGUGUGUUGGCUCUGAUUCCAUACAGCCAUUGACUCGAACGUUGCUAGUUAGCUUGGACGCACCCACAAAUAUUGGGAGAAGCUGAUUAAAGGAGGAAGGCUGGUUAAUUUGAUGAUAUGACUGCAGAAAGUAUUUGAUUACGCCAGUAAAUUUUUUCAUUGUUGUAGUUGGAUAUUUUCCAUUUUCGGGCUUAGAAAAAAAUAUUAGUCAAUUUAGCUACGUCAAACAUGUUAGGAUAUGAUUUAAGUGGAUUGUCCAUGUGAGCUCUUUUUCUGAACUAAAUACAAAGAAAUCAGGUUGAUUUAUUUUCUAUUAAUUUUGUUUCGUUUGAAUUUGGUUGAUUAGUCUUACACGACGACAAAGUGAAAUAUAGUGAGGAAGCAGAUUGAUGAAAAUAAAUGUCCUUUUCCUCAGUUGUUUACUAAAUAAAAUUAAAAGUUGACAUUUCAGUUUGUGUCUUUACCCAGUAAAAAGUUAGAGAUCGAUAUGGUAUAGCAAUUCUAGAGAAAAAAAAUCCAAAGCAAAGUAACUCUAGAGAAAAAAAGUUGACAUUUCAGUUUGUGUCUUUUUUUUUUUGGUCAAAAAAAAAAUUAAAACAUCAUGAUCAAAAAGAAAAUGCCAACACACUCAAAGGAAAUGAGUUAUGGAAUAUAUAUAUUUAGUUUGUUUAGAAACCAUUAUGAUUCUUAUGAUCAUGAAUGUGAGGAAUUUACUUACUGAUUUUUUUGAGUAAAUAUCUUACUCUCACCAUUUGAAUUGGUCUUGAUCUUCAUUGAUAAAAGUAAGUUUACUUUGCUAAAAUUAUUUUAGUAGAAAACAAUGUUACCUAAAAAACAUAUUCAAAAUUAAUGUUUUAACAAAGACUAAUCUGACAAUUUGUAUAUGUAUAUUAAAUAUGUAAAUCUACAUUAAACACCAAAGUAAUGACCACCUAAAUUAUACUAAUGGUUGACUCAAUAACGAGUUGCCUAAAGAUAGAUCUAAUGGUUGACCACCUAAAUUAUGGAAGAAGCCGACCGGAGAAAACAUAGACGGUUCUGCUUACACGGUUGAGGAGUAAAAUAUGUCCUCCGUGGAAGCAGCUGCCCGACGAUAUUCCUUACUAAUCAUAUCGGAAAAAUCAUGAACCUAUUGAGACAAUGAAAAAGACGACGACCGAUUAGGAUUUCUCUUCUUCUCAAGCCAAACUCUUGAUUUCAUCAUGGCGGGGAAACCAUGAACCGAUUGAGCCAAUGAAAAAGACAAUGACAGACUGUGUUUGUAAGGCAGAAAUAUGAUUGACCUCGUGAAGCUGUGAGAUUUGGUGAGGUCUCCAUCUCUAUUUAUAGUCUCAAGUAUUAGGGAUUUGAGAAAGAGUUGAGAAAAGGGCCAUUAAAGUCGACUUAGUGGCAGAGUUGAACGGAAGUAGGUUAUGGAGAUACACUAUGAAGUGGAUUCAAUGAGGAACAAAAGCGUUAUACAUAGGUUAGGCAACCAAUCGUGAAAGAUAAGGCACAGAGAAGAAAACGAUGCUAGAAGAGGGAGAAGGUGUUAGUGGGUUCCUAAAUGUUUAAAGUUUGUGCUGAGAUUGGGCUUUGUCCCCCACUCAAACACAACAAGAACUCGUUUAAGACCAGGACACGUGUUGACUCUUCCUUCUUCUAUUUUUUGACAUGGCAAAAGGAGAAUGAGAGAAAAGUGUUCUUUAUAAUUAUAGAUACUAAUGGUUGACCACUUAACGAGUUGCCUAAAUUAUAUGUAUUAUAUGUAUUAUACUAAUGGUGACCACUUAACGAGUUGCCUAAAUUAUAUGUAUCUUAUAUAUUAAAACAGAAGUCACAACAUUGAUUCAUGUGUGAUUUUUUUUUUAAAAAUGGACCUAUUCCUAGAAAGUCAUGUUACAUUUAAUAUAUAAUCAUAUCAUUUAAAUUUUGGGCCUAUAAAAUUUUUGUAUUGGGCUAUAAAUAAUUGGAUUUAAACAAUAAAUGAUUCAUUGAAUUUAUAGAUCGUAUAAAUUAAAUAUAUAUAAUUUAAUAUUGUAAUACUUUACAUCUAUAUGCUAAAUAUUUAAAUAUUUGUCGAUGUUAACUUUUAAAAUUAGAAAGAUUUUUUCUUUUAAAUAAAAAAAAUUAUAUUAUCUAACAAUGAUUAAUCUUUACUACCUUAAACCAAUGAAAACAAAUUUUAAACUAUAUAGUUUAUUUU